UUUAGAUUACUCGAAGGAUUAUGUCAGUGACAAUGGAUUUCAAAUACGGUGUCAUCGUGUUGCUUGCCCUCUGCGCUUUGGCCUCCAAGGGACAGGCACAGGAAUGUGUGGCCCAAAGCGUGGUAAAUAUGACCUUGACUGCCCACCACCUUCUUACCUGGGCCGUUAGCGAAGAUGAAGUAUGCGAUGUCCACCAGUUCUUGGUGUACAUCUACGAGCAAGACCGUCCCAUCGAGUACAGCUUCGAAGUAGCUGAACCCUGGGUAGAUGUCUCCUUCUUGGAAGUAUGCCACGAGUGGAUUUUCGUGGUGGUACCCAUAUCAGAACAUACCAGAGGACGCGAACAUCGUCUGUUUGGCAGCAUACCGCUUCCUGCAGAUGCGGAUCUUGACAUCGAGUACAUCAACAUCACUCGCAACGGAGUGACUGGAGAUCUUCACCUCAGUUGGGACCUAGCCGACCGUCGCUACGGAAGCUGUUCCCUCAGGUACAGACUGACCAUAGAAGAAGACGGGGAUGAAGAAAUCCACGACCUUUACUUGAGCGAGAGGUCCGUCAAUUUGCAUUUCUUGUCGCCUUGCACCUCUUACCAGUUCGGUGUCAGGGCCAUCAACAUAGCCCAUCCCACCAUAGAAGGACCUAUAAGGACGGAAUUCGGUACUAUUCCUGGUGCUGUGCAAAUCUCUCCUCACUUGGACAAUCUUGACUUGGGCGUUUUUGGAUUUAAGAUGACGUGGGAACUAGAAAGCGUCGUGAGGAAUAAAUGCGCGGUCAAAGAGCUCUUGAUCAAUGGAGGAGACUUCUUCCAAAAGAUCGUACACCUAGAGGACGACGGCAUAAGAGGACCUAUAGAAGUUGAAAUCGAUAAUUUGAAAGAAAACAGCUUGUAUUACUUUCGCGCUUAUGUCCUGAACAGCGCAGGAUGGUCUGCACCAACAGUGGUUGCUGUUCACACCUUGAAUGUAGAACCGGAUAACAAGGUGUGAUGCGGAGAUGUGUUUUGAAGACAUUUCUUAUACCAGAAUUUACUGUAUUGUUUAAAUAUAUUAUUUGUUCUCAAACUAAAUAGUUAAAAUUAUGCAA